CAAAUUCCACUAUUGUGGCUAAUCCCUAUUGUGGUUAGCUUCACACAUAGUCGUAUGAGUUCUACAAUAGGGAAGGGCAUGGUAACAUGGACUGGAGUUUAACAGGGUGACGGUCUGUAGCGAUGGAGGAUUUCUGGGUGGUGGUUCUGGAAGGGCUGAAGGUGUGGGUCUACCUCAUUGUUGCUCUUCUCAUGGUGCCUGCCAUGUUUGGCUUCUCCCUGGGCAUCUCUGAGACAUACAUGAAGAUCCUGGUCAAAACCCUUGAGUGGGCCACGUUGAGGAUUCAGACAGUCAACAAAGAGCACCAUAUAAUCGAAUCCCCCUCAUCCAACGGCCUCAUCCAGAGGGAUGAUGGUUCUAUGGAGGAGGAGCUGGGGGAGUUGAGACGCAGUCGCCCCAAACCACCAGUGGGAGGGGACUUCACACUCAGCGACUGUUUCUACUUCUACAGACGAGGCAUCGAGGACAUCGUAGAGGAUGAGGUGACCCAGCGGUUUUCCUCAGAGGAGCUGGUGUCGUGGAACCUGCUAACUCGGACCAACAAUGUCUUCCAGUACAUCAGCCUCAAACUGACUAUGGUCUGGGGGCUGGGCGUGUUCAUACGCUACUGCAUCUUGGCUCCACUCAGGAUCACGCUGGCAUCUAUAGGCCUGACCUGGCUGGUGAUAGGAACCACUGCUGUAGGAUUCCUCCCUAACUGGAGGCUGAAGUCCUGGCUGAGUGAUUGGGUCCAUGUGAUGUGCUACAGGAUCUGUGCCCGAGGCCUCUCCUGCACCAUCCACUACUAUAACAAAGAAAACAGACCCAGAAAAGGAGGAAUCUGUGUGGCCAAUCACACCUCCCCGAUUGAUAUCGUAAUUCUCUGCAACGACGGGUGUUACGCCAUGGUGGGCCAGUCACAUGGUGGUCUGAUGGGAGUGCUGCAGAGGGCCAUGGCCAGGUCCUGUCCUCACAUCUGGUUUGAGAGAGCUGAUAUGAAAGAUCGCCACCUGGUGGCCAAGAGGUUGACGGAUCACGUGAAUGACAACACAAAGCUUCCUAUAUUGAUCUUUCCAGAAGGGACCUGUAUCAACAACACAUCUGUCAUGAUGUUCAAAAAGGGAAGUUUUGAAAUUGGAGGAACAAUAUAUCCAGUAGCCAUAAAGUAUGACCCUCAGUUUGGGGAUGCGUUCUGGAACAGUGCCAAGUACAACAUGGUGAGCUACCUGCUGAGGAUGAUGACCAGCUGGGCUAUAGUCUGCAACGUCUGGUACCUGCCAGCCAUGACCCAACAGGAAGGGGAGGAUGCUGUCCAGUUUGCCAACAGAGUCAAGUCUGCCAUCGCACAUCAGGGGGGACUAGUGGACUUGUCCUGGGAUGGGGGCCUGAAGAGAGCCAAGGUGAAGGAUAUGUUUAAAGAGGAGCAGCAGAAGAUGUACAGCAGCAUGGUGGUUGGGAGUGAGGAGGACAACAGCAGUCACAGUGACUGACACCCUCCACUACCACAUGAAAGGGGGAGUAUGGACAUCCCUGCCUGACGACUGACUGACUAAUACCGAGGACUAGACUGCCAUUGUGUGGAUGGACCAUUCAGUGAUGUAACAUUUACAGUGUCUUGCAGACUGUAUGAUAACUGAUAAGCCAAUGGCAUUACAAUGGAAAGACUGCGUCAACACUAGUGCAAUGGAACUGUAAAGGAGAUGAGGUGACAGGUCUGAUUGGAAUAGCUCUUUAUUGUGCUGCUAUAAAAAAAUGGUUCUGCUAGGAAAUUACUAUGAAAUCCUGUUUGGCAUUUGAAUAAAUGAAUAACCUUGCAAAUAGUCCAUUUGUGACCGUAUAACUUUUUUUGUUGUUUAAUCUCAAAGUUCUGAAUGUCAAAGUUUUGUUAUGCAUAUACAGUGACUGUUUAUUUUUUCUCCAAAUGUUUUUUCCGUAGUUUUUCUUCUGUUUGUUGAGCCCAGUAGAUCAAUCAAUGCUGCUAAUCGUUUGAAAAUAAACAUUAGUCUACAGCUGUU